AUGUUUGGGAAGAAGAAGAAGAGGCUGGAGAUCUCGGCCCCGUCCAACUUCGAGCACCGCGUGCACCUGGGCUUUGACCAGGAGGAGCAGAAGUUCACGGGACUCCCCCGUCAGUGGCAGGGGCUCAUCGAGGAGUCGACCCGGCGGCCCAAGCCCCUCAUCGACCCUGCCAGCAUCACCGCCAUCCAGUAUGGGGCCCAAAAGACCAUCGUUCGGGGGAGCAAGGGCUCAAAGGAUGGAGCCCUCACGCUGCUGUUGGAUGAGUUUGAGAAAAUGUCUGUGACCCGCUCCAACUCCCUUCGCCGGGAUAGCCUUUCCCCGCCCCUGCCUGGUCCUCCGGGCCCAUCCCAUUCCCCGCCCCAGCAAGAGAACUGGCUGACCGAAGCUGAGGGGACGGGGGGCCGUGCUCGGGCCCAGGAGAAGGGACACCCGGAGUCUGGAGGCAGGGGUCCCGCCGAGGGUCGGAAUCGAGCCGCUGGGCUCAGGGACCGUGGCGCCAGUGGCGAGGGAAGGCGGGACGGGAUGGAGAAGAGGCCCAAGUCAUCAGGGGAGGGAGCUUCGGGCCAGCCAGGGAGCCCCCAGCCACCUCGGGACAAACGACCCCUGUCGGGGCCUGACGUCCGGACCCCACGGCCCCCGGACCCAGGAGAUGGGACAAAGUCAUCGGCCAGGCCGUUUAACACAGACCCUCGAGCCGACUCAGACCACCCCCCCAGGGGCACAGAGCCCCAGGGAGAGCCCCGUAAUCCUUCCCCCAAUGGUCCCUCUGCAGGAGGCCUCCCUCCACACCCCUCUAAGCCGCUGCCUCGCGCUGCGCGGGACCCGGAGCCCACCCCUGCCCCGGGGACCCUGAGUCCACACGCUUCAGAACACCAGCUGGUCUCUCGCGUCUUCCCCUCGCCUUCGGCCCAGCCCGCCGUGCCCCCAUCAGGACCCCGCUGUCCCCAGAGGGUGCCCCAGAGGGUGCCCCACGAACAGUUCCGAGCCGCGCUGCAACUCGUGGUGGACCUGGGCGACCCCCGGUCUUACCUGGAGAAUUUCAUCAAGAUUGGCGAGGGCUCCACGGGCAUCGUGUGCAUUGCCACGGUCCGAAGCAGCGGCAAACUGGUUGCUGUGAAGAAGAUGGACCUCCGGAAGCAGCAGCGUCGAGAGCUCCUCUUCAAUGAGGUGGUCAUCAUGCGGGAUUACCAGCACGAGAACAUGGUGGAGAUGUACAACAGCUACCUGGUUGGGGAUGAGCUCUGGGUGGUCAUGGAGUUCCUGGAAGGGGGAGCCCUCACGGACAUUGUCACCCACACCAGGAUGAACGAGGAGCAGAUUGCCGCCGUGUGCCUCGCCGUGCUGAAGGCCCUGUCCGUGCUCCAUGCCCAGGGCGUCAUCCACCGGGACAUCAAAAGCGACUCCAUCUUGCUGACCCACGAUGGGCGGGUGAAGCUCUCUGACUUUGGCUUCUGCGCCCAGGUGAACAAGGAGAUGCCCAGGAGGAAGUCCUUAGUGGGCACCCCCUACUGGAUGGCUCCCGAGCUCAUCUCCUGCCUGCCCUAUGGGCCUGAGGUGGACAUAUGGUCCCUAGGAGUGAUGGUCAUUGAGAUGGUAGAUGGAGAGCCUCCGUACUUCAAUGAGCCGCCCUUGAAGGCCAUGAAGAUGAUCCGGGACAACCUGCCCCCUAAGUUGAAGAACCUCCACAAGGUUUCCCCCUCCCUGAAGGGCUUCCUGGACCGUCUGCUGGUGCGAGACCCGGCGCAGAGAGCCACGGCCAGUGAGCUGCUGAAGCACCCUUUCCUGGGCAAGGCGGGCCCCCCGGCCAGCAUUGUCCCCCUCAUGCGCCAGAACCGCAUGAGAUGA